GUGGACCAUGGAUACGCACACGCGGUGGAAAAGGCGCAGUUGGAUACGGAGCUGGUCGGUGCCCGCUGCCCUGGUGCUGCUGGGUGCCCUGUCCCUCGGCCGGGCAGCUGACCCUGCAGACCUCUUGAAGGUAUUAGAUUUUCAUAAUUUACCUGAUGGUAUAACAAAAACAACAGGGUUUUGCACAAGCAGAAGGUCUUCAAAAGAAGCAGAUGUUGCUUAUAGAGUAACAAAAGAUGCUCAGCUUAGUGCACCGACAAAGCAGCUGUAUCCUGCUUCCCCAUUCCCAGAGGACUUCUCCAUUCUAACCACUGUAAAAGCGAAGAAAGGAGGUCAGUCCUUCUUGAUCUCAAUUUACAAUGAGCAAGGGAUCCAGCAAAUUGGUGUGGAGUUGGGUAGAUCUCCUGUAUUCCUGUAUGAAGACCAUACAGGAAAGCCAGGCCCAGAAGACUAUCCUCUCUUUAGAGGCAUUAACCUUGCAGAUGGCAAGUGGCACAGAGUAGCUCUCAGCGUGCAGAAGAAAAAUGUCACCUUGAUUUUGGACUGUAAAAAGAAGAUAACCAAGUUCCUGGACAGAAGCGACCAUCCCAUCAUUGACGUCAAUGGCAUCAUCGUGUUUGGAACGAGGAUAUUGGAUGAGGAAGUCUUUGAGGGUGACAUCCAGCAGCUCCUGAUCGUGGCAGACCCCCGAGCGGCCCUGGAUUACUGUGAACACUACAGCCCCGACUGUGACACCGCCAUCCCUGACUCCCCCCAGUCCCAGGACCCCAACCAGGAUGAAUAUUACACGGACGGGGAGGGAGAAGGUGACACCUACUACUACGAGUACCCCUACUAUGAAGAUGUUGAUGACUCUGUAAAACCAGAAGCCCCCACCACCAAACCUGGCCCUCCUGAAGUGGCUGCUGGAGAGAGACCUGAAACCAAGGAGGAUUAUCCUCCUCCCACAGCACCACCGGAGAGAGGGAACCCUGGGAAGCCCCCGAAGGAGGACGGGACAGUGGAUGAUCCCCUUGUUGAUGAGUACAACUAUGAAACCAUCAACGAGGAGUACUUCACACCCAUGCCCUAUGAAGACAUCAACUACAACGAGGAAGUAGAUCCCCAGGGUGGCCUCACUGAAAACGCUGUGGAGGCCGAGCUCCCCACCAGCACCGUCAUCACCUACAAUGAGACCGAUGCUGCUCAAGGAGGAGAUGACCUGGAUAAAGAUUUCACUGAGGAAACAAUAAAAGAGUAUGAUGGGAAUUAUUACAACUAUUACGACCGGACGGCCUCUCCCGACAUCGGCCCCGGGAUGCCUGCGAACCAGGACACCAUCUACGAAGGGAUCGGGGGCCCGCGGGGUGAGAAGGGACAGAAGGGGGAACCUGCCAUUAUUGAGCCGGGUAUGCUGGUGGAAGGCCCACCUGGUCCUGAAGGCCCAGCAGGCCUUCCAGGACCUCCAGGACCAACUGGACCCGUGGGCUUAAUGGGUGACCCAGGGGAGAGGGGACCACCUGGUCGCCCAGGUCUUCCAGGAGCAGAUGGUUUACCAGGACCACCAGGGACAAUGCUUAUGUUGCCCUUCCGCUUUAGUGGAGGAGGAGAUGCUGGAUCCAAAGGACCUCUCGUUUCAGCCCAGGAGGCCCAAGCCCAAGCCAUCCUGCAGCAGGCCAGGCUGGCGCUGAGGGGACCAGCGGGGCCGAUGGGGCUGACGGGGCGGCCGGGCCCCAUGGGACCCCCGGGCAGUGGAGGACUAAAGGGAGAGGCUGGAGAAAUGGGACCUCAGGGUCCACGAGGCAUCCAGGGCCCUCCUGGUCCGGCAGGAAAACCAGGCCGCAGGGGCCGAGCUGGCAGCGACGGUGCCCGGGGAAUGCCAGGCCAGACAGGACCAAAGGGUGACCGAGGGUUUGAUGGCUUGGCUGGUUUGCCUGGUGAGAAGGGAAAUAGAGGUGAGCCAGGCCCCCACGGACCCCCAGGGGCACCUGGAGAGGAUGGGGAGAGGGGAGAUGAUGGAGAAGUUGGACCCAGAGGUCUUCCUGGAGAACCUGGACCCCGAGGACUGUUGGGACCGAAGGGGCCACCAGGACCCCCGGGGCCACCGGGUGUGGCUGGUAUGGAUGGACAAACAGGUCCCAAAGGGAAUGUGGGUCCUCAAGGUGAGCCAGGUCCCCCAGGACAGCAGGGUAACCCAGGUGCUCAGGGUCUUCCAGGUCCACAAGGCGCGAUCGGUCCCCCAGGAGAGAAAGGGCCGCUGGGCAAACCUGGUCUCCCUGGCAUGCCUGGGGCAGAUGGGCCUCCGGGUCAUCCUGGCAAGGAAGGUCCUCCUGGAGAGAAGGGAAGUCAGGGUCCCCCAGGCCCUCAGGGCCCCAUCGGUUACCCCGGACCACGCGGAGUCAAGGGAGCAGAUGGAGUUCGCGGGUUGAAAGGCACCAAAGGUGAAAAGGGUGAAGAUGGCUUCCCUGGCUUCAAAGGUGAUAUGGGCAUCAAAGGAGACCGGGGGGAAAUUGGACCUCCUGGCCCCCGGGGUGAGGAUGGUCCCGAGGGUCCCAAAGGUCGCUCCGGCCCCAAUGGAGAUCCAGGUCCUCUUGGUCCUGCUGGAGAGAAGGGAAAACUCGGCGUGCCAGGACUGCCUGGGUACCCAGGCAGGCAGGGCCCAAAGGGCUCAAUCGGCUUCCCAGGAUUUCCAGGAGCCAAUGGAGAGAAGGGCACACGGGGGACACCUGGCAAACCAGGUCCAAGGGGGCAGCGUGGUCCAACGGGGCCACGUGGGGAAAGAGGCCCUAGGGGAAGCACUGGAAAACCUGGCCCAAAGGGCAACUCUGGUGGUGAUGGCCCCCCUGGUCCUCCUGGAGAAAGGGGACCACCAGGGCCUCAAGGACCGACUGGAUUUCCUGGACCAAAAGGCCCCCCUGGUCCUCCUGGGAAGGAUGGAUUGCCUGGCCACCCUGGACAGAGAGGAGAAACAGGUUUCCAAGGCAAGACUGGCCCUCCAGGACCCCCUGGUGUUGUAGGCCCUCAGGGUCCAACUGGUGAGACUGGGCCGAUGGGUGAGCGGGGACACCCAGGCCCUCCGGGUCCUCCAGGUGAACAAGGUCUUCCUGGCCUCACUGGAAAAGAAGGGACCAAGGGGGAUCCUGGUCCCGCCGGCCUCCCAGGGAAGGACGGACCCCCCGGCUUGCGAGGAUUCCCUGGAGAGAGAGGGCUCCCUGGCCCCAUCGGUUCUCCAGGACUGAAAGGCAACGAAGGUCCCCCAGGCCCUCCAGGCCCAGCAGGCUCUCCUGGGGAGCGUGGCCCAGCAGGAUCAGCUGGCCCAAUAGGUUUGCCAGGGCGACCUGGACCCCAGGGACCUCCGGGACCUGCAGGUGAAAAGGGAGCUCCAGGGGAGAAGGGUCCUCAAGGACCAGCUGGCCGGGAUGGCAUCCAGGGCCCCGUGGGACUGCCGGGCCCAGCAGGUCCUGUCGGCCCCCCUGGAGAGGAUGGAGACAAGGGUGAGAUCGGGGAGCCUGGCCAGAAGGGCAGCAAGGGUGACAAAGGGGAGCAGGGUCCACCAGGUCCUACUGGCCCGCAGGGUCCAAUUGGCCAGCCUGGCCCAGCUGGAGCUGAUGGAGAGCCAGGACCCAGAGGGCAGCAGGGCCUCUUUGGGCAGAAAGGUGAUGAAGGACCCCGAGGUUUCCCUGGUCCCCCCGGCCCUGUGGGCUUGCAGGGCUUGCCUGGACCGCCUGGGGAGAAGGGAGAAACAGGUGACGUUGGGCAAAUGGGUCCACCAGGCCCACCAGGACCCAGAGGCCCAUCUGGGCCACCAGGAGCAGAUGGUCCUCAAGGUCCUCCCGGGGGAAUAGGAAAUCCUGGUGCAGUAGGAGAGAAGGGUGAACCUGGUGAAUCUGGUGAGCCUGGUCUUCCUGGCGAGGUUGGGCUCCCGGGUCCUAAAGGUGAAAGAGGUGAAAAGGGUGAAGCAGGUCCCUCUGGUGCUGCUGGUCCACCUGGCCCCAAAGGCCCACCAGGUGAUGAUGGUCCCAAAGGCAGCCCUGGUCCAGUGGGUUUCCCUGGCGACCCUGGUCCUCCUGGAGAACCUGGUCCAGCUGGUCAAGAUGGUCCCCCUGGUGACAAAGGUGACGAUGGUGAACCUGGACAGACUGGUUCCCCUGGUCCCACGGGAGAGCCAGGCCCCUCCGGACCCCCAGGAAAAAGGGGCCCUCCUGGUCCAGCUGGUCCCGAAGGAAGGCAAGGAGAGAAAGGAGCCAAGGGUGAAGCUGGUUUGGAAGGACCUCCUGGGAAGACUGGCCCAAUUGGUCCCCAAGGUGCUCCAGGGAAGCCUGGCCCUGAUGGCCUUCGAGGGAUUCCUGGUCCAGUUGGUGAACAAGGUCUCCCAGGAUCCCCUGGCCCAGAUGGUCCUCCAGGCCCAAUGGGCCCACCUGGUUUGCCUGGUCUGAAAGGAGACUCUGGUCCUAAAGGGGAGAAGGGUCAUCCAGGUUUAAUUGGCCUUAUUGGGCCACCAGGAGAGCAGGGAGAAAAGGGUGACAGAGGUCUCCCAGGCCCCCAGGGCUCAGCAGGACCCAAAGGAGAACAGGGUAUCACAGGUCCUUCUGGACCCAUCGGACCUCCAGGGCCACCAGGAUUGCCGGGUCCACCUGGUCCCAAAGGUGCUAAAGGAUCAUCAGGUCCAACAGGUCCAAAGGGUGAAUCAGGUCUUCCUGGGCCCCCAGGGCCUCCUGGCCCUCCUGGAGAGGUCAUCCAGCCGCUGCCCAUCCAGGCUUCCAAGAGGACCAGGCGAAACAUUGACGCCAGCCAGCUGGUGGACGACGGGAAUGCCGACAACUACAUGGACUAUGCCGACGGCAUGGAGGAGAUCUUUGGCUCUCUGAACUCCCUGAAACUGGAAAUCGAGCAGAUGAAGCAUCCACUGGGCACUCAGCACAACCCAGCACGUACCUGCAAGGAUCUGCAGCUCUGUCACCCCGACUUCCCAGACGGUGAAUACUGGGUUGAUCCAAACCAAGGAUGCUCCAGGGACUCUUUCAAAGUUUACUGUAACUUCACAGCUGGUGGAGAGACUUGCAUCUUCCCUGAUAAGAAAUCUGAAGGAAGUAAAAUGGCUCGUUGGCCCAAAGAACAGCCUUCCACAUGGUAUAGUCAAUACAAGCGGGGGUCUUUGCUCUCCUACGUGGACUCGGACGGGAACCCCAUCGGGGUAGUGCAGAUGACCUUCCUGCGGCUCCUGAGCGCCUCGGCCCACCAGAACAUCACCUACAACUGCUACCAGUCCGUGGCCUGGCACGAUGCCACCACCAACAGCUACGACAAGGCCAUCCGGUUCCUGGGCUCCAACGACGAGGAGAUGUCCUACGACAACAACCCCUACAUCCGAGCUGCCCUGGACGGCUGCGCGGCAAAGAAGGGCUAUCAGAAAACCAUCCUGGAAAUCAACACACCCAAAGUAGAGCAAGUACCUAUAGUCGACAUCAUGUUCAAUGACUUCGGAGAAGCGUCACAGAAAUUUGGAUUCGAGGUGGGACCAGCUUGCUUCAUGGGCUAAGAGCCACCUGAAAACUAGUCUCCAAAUGAGCAACCUCGUAACCUCAUUGCGCCAUUUAAUUAAA